ACUGUGUUGGACUGAGGAUUCUGGAUUGUCGGCUCCAUUCCGUAAUUUUUAACUGUUUAGCUAGCUUAUAGAAACAGGUUGGUGCCAAUGACCCCCAACGGUCACGAUCAAUCGCACUUCUUGUUGCACAGCCGCACAGCCACAACAAAGACGCGGACAAGCAAUCUUGCUAAAAGCACAACAAAAAGAACCUGGCAUCAUCCGACUAUCAUCUUGAUAGCACACUGACUGGUAUAUAACACAAAGCACCGCUUGCGCGGCCAACAACGACCAAGAGUUGUUUCUUCCAAAACUGGGUAACAAGAGGCACGCAAUCCACAAACCACAAAACAAAAUAAUCCAGAGAUUACCCCUCCAAAACUCAAGAUACACAACCAUGCGCAAGUUCCAACUGGUGGUUAGUACCACCCUUGUGGCUGUCACGGUAGCCUUUCAUUCGCUCCCCUUGGUUCCCCAUCAUGUCCAAAGAGAAAGACGACAACGCCGACUGUUGGAAGCGGGAGAAGACUUGGACACAGAUAAUACUCUUAUUCCUGCUGUUUUGAAUAAUGCUACUGAUAAAAUUCAAGUCCGCCACCGAUCUCGUGUGAGCAUGAACGAUCGCAAUCUCCGGGCACAACAAGUGGGAGCAUUGUAUCAGGGCUACGGCACGCACUAUGUGGAUCUCUGGUGUGGCACUACGACACCCCAACGUCAGACGGUCAUUGUCGAUACGGGUUCGGCCGUCACAGCAUUUCCCUGCAGUGGCUGCCGCGAUCAUUGUGGCAAGGAUUAUCACAUUGAUCAAGUCUUUGAAGAAUCGCGAUCGGCCAGUUUUGAAACACUCGAUUGCAGUUCGUGUAUGCGAGGACGAUGCACCGUCGUGAGUGGCGAUGCCAAAAAUAACAAUUGCAAAAUUGGCAUGUCCUAUCAAGAAGGAUCCAGUUGGACUGCCUUUGAAGCAAGAGACUACUGUUAUAUUGGAGGACCGCAUGGGACACCACUCGAUGUGACGCCCAGUGUUGUGGAUAAACCUGCUGGAAAGGAUCCUGCAAAAGAUGUCGAUAAGGAUGGAGAGAGUACUGCUGAUAUUGAUCCCAAACUGGCGGCCAAUCAUGCCUUUCCCCUCGUCUUUGGAUGUCAAACUAAAUUGACUGGAUUGUUCAAAACGCAGCUCGCCGACGGAAUUAUGGGUAUGGACAAUGCCCACGAAUCCUUUUGGCAUCAAAUGAGCGCCGCCGGAAAAAUUGACGAAGAUAUCUUUACACUCUGCUUUGCCAGACAACCCACUGCCGAUCGAAAGGGAAAUGAAGCGGGAGCCAUGACCUUGGGGGGUGUCGAUACGCGAUUGCACACGUCGCCCUUGGUCUUUGCCAGUGUGGGAGUAUCCAAUGCGUUUUAUGGAGUUCACAUUCGCAACGUUUACUUGAGAGCCGGUGGAGGUGGCGAUUCGGCACUGUCGUCCGAUCCCAAUGUUCAAGUCAAACGCAUUGACAUUUCCGAAGCCGAUCUCAACCGGGGGACGACCAUUGUCGAUUCCGGUACCACCGAUACCUACUUUACACGCAAUAUUGCCACGGCAUUCCACACGUUAUGGAGAGAAAUGACUGGAAAGGCAUACAACAACAAUCCCGUGAAUCUCAGUGAAGAUCAACUCAAUGCACUGCCCACCAUUUUGUUCCAGUUGCAGGGACUCCCCGAUUUGAAUGGAAAAUUGGCAAAGGACAGCAGUGAUCCCAUUACGGGACUCGUGGGACAACUCGAUCCGGAACACCCCUACGAUAUCCUCUUGGCCAUGCCACCCUCGCAUUAUAUGGAAUUCGACAAUGAUUUGAAAAAGUACGUUCCUCGAUUCUACACGGAUGAAGGACGUGGAUCCGUCUUGGGUGCCAAUGUCAUGAUGGGACACAACAUUGUCUUUGAUCAAGUCAAUGGAAGAUUGGGCAUUGCCGAAUCGCAAUGUGAUUAUGCCAAUCUCGUCAGCGGAUUGGGAUUCGAUUGGGAUCCUCGUGAAGAAUACAAAAAGGGAGAUUCCCCACCACCACCCGCCGAUACGGAAGCAGCUUCCAGUAACGAAGCCAAACCCAACGAAGUGACACAUGAAGAUCCCAACAAGAAGGACGAAGAUGAAGAAGAAGACAAGAAACUUGCCGAAGUAUCGGCAUCUUCGUCCACCAUGGAAGACGGCGGCGCGGAAGCGGGUGGAUUCUGCAGUGGUGUGGGUUGCAAGGGAGGUAUCUUUGUGGCCGCGAUCAUUGCUGUUGUGGCAGUAAUGGCGCUGCGAUCUCGUAGAAGUUCGUCCUCGGGUGGAAUCCCAGCACGGUAUGCUUCCGAACUGGAACUUCCUGUAGAGGAUGAUCCGGAUGACGGUGAAUUUGGUCAAUAUCGGGACGAACCAGUGGGAGGUGGAGAACACGAUGGCGACGACGAAUUCCAGGAUGAAGCUAUCGAAUAGAGAGGGACGAUUCGGUGGCGCACGGACACACACACAGCAGCUUGCAACAAUCAUCACCACAUACAUAGGAACAUUUAAAAAUUGAUAAACGACUUCUCAGUUGAAGAGAGAUUGCGGUUGUAACAGUGGUAGAGUGACCGAUUUAUGCCUCCCGAAGUCCUGGCUGUCUCGCUUUCACCUCGAAUGGGCUGGGUUCUCUCCCACUAGCUAGCUCGGACAAAUAUAGUUACGAGAUGGGAGUAUCGUUUAU